AGGAAGAAGGAGGACUCCGGGGCGCCGGGCCGGAAGGCAACUGGCAGCAGGCCCAGGCGAGCGGGCGCCCGCGUCGCGUUCAUGUUCCGCCAGGAGCAGCCGCUGGCCGAGGGCAGCUUUGCGCCCAUGGGCUCCCUGAAGCCGGACUCGGGCAACGCGAGCUGGAACGAGAGCGAGGCCCCGGGGGGCGGCGCCCGGGCCACCCCGUACUCCCUGCAGGUGACGCUCACGCUGGUGUGCCUGGCCGGCCUGCUCAUGCUGCUCACCGUGUUCGGCAACGUGCUCGUCAUCAUCGCCGUGUUCACCAGCCGCGCGCUCAAGGCUCCCCAGAACCUCUUCCUGGUGUCCCUGGCCUCCGCGGACAUCCUGGUGGCCACGCUCGUCAUUCCCUUCUCGCUGGCCAACGAGGUGAUGGGCUACUGGUACUUUGGCAAAGUGUGGUGCGAGAUCUACCUGGCGCUGGACGUCCUCUUCUGCACGUCGUCCAUCGUGCAUCUGUGCGCCAUCAGCCUGGACCGCUACUGGUCCAUCACCCAGGCCAUCGAGUACAACCUGAAGCGCACGCCGCGCCGCAUCAAGGCCAUCAUCGUCACCGUCUGGGUCAUCUCGGCCGUCAUCUCCUUCCCGCCGCUCAUCUCCUUCGAGAAGAAGCCGGACGCCCAGUCGAGCGAGCCCCGCUGCAAGAUCAACGACCAGAAGUGGUAUGUCAUCUCGUCCUGCAUCGGCUCCUUCUUCGCGCCCUGCCUCAUCAUGAUCCUGGUCUACGUGCGCAUCUACCAGAUCGCCAAGCGCCGCACCCGCGCUUCGCGCUGGCGCGGGCGGCAGAACCGCGAGAAGCGCUUCACGUUCGUGCUGGCCGUGGUCAUCGGCGUGUUCGUGGUGUGCUGGUUCCCCUUCUUCUUCACCUACACGCUCACGGCGGUCGGCUGCGCCGUGCCCGGCACGCUCUUCAAUUUCUUCUUCUGGUUCGGCUACUGCAACAGCUCGCUGAACCCGGUCAUCUACACCAUUUUCAACCACGACUUCCGCCGAGCCUUCAAGAAGAUCCUCUGCAGGGGGGACAGAAAGCGGAUCGUGUGAGCUUGCCACGCGCGCACGCCUGUGCGCGCGCGCGCGCGAGCCUGGCUCACGGACUCCUGCAGGUGGCGGGCCUGGGGCGCGGAGGGAGGCGGCGGCCGGCCGUGCGCGCAGCCCAGGCGGCACUCCCAACCCAGGACCUGGCCUGGACGGUGGCGGUGCUCAGCGUGCUUCUGAGAGCUCCUACGAGGGAAUGGUUGUUAUGGUCGUUCAUGACCGGGGAGCCAUUUUCCUGGUGGGCCCACCCCUUAACAGUAUUGU